AAACUUUGUCAUUUAAUAGCGCAAGCGCACAAAAAAGUUAAAAUUCAUUUCCUUAAGGGGCUGAUGCCCGGUAUUCAUAUAUCUGCACUUAGUACUUAGUUAGAAUGAGAGGAGAGUGAUGGACUUAAUGUAACAAUUACUAGUUUCAUUAAAAUUCGGUCAAAUCUUUGCCCAACGCUUCGUUAAGCACUACAGCAAUGGCACGGAACCUCUUCGCAUACGAAACAUGUGUUCAUGCAAUCGCAGGAUCAGUUGGCAGUGUAGUCGCAAUGACAACCUUCUACCCCCUUGACACUGUAAGGUUUCGAAAGCAGAUUGAAGAUACAAACAGUGACGAUUGCAGUACAUAUACCGCACUACGAAGACUACUGCAGACAGAAGGACUAGCAGGUCUUUAUGCUGGCAUAAAACCUGUAUUAAUUAGUUUGGGAACCUCAAACUUUGUAUAUUUUUACACAUUCCAUGGGCUGAAAAGUAUGCUCAAUUCUUCUGUUAAGAAUGAUUUGGUUUUGGGUCUCUUAGCAGGAGUUACAAAUGUCUUGUUAACAACGCCCUUGUGGGUUGUUAACAGUAGGUUAAAGGUGAAUAAAAAAGUGCCCUACACUGGCUUGUUAGAGGGAUUAGUCCACAUAUCACGAACCGAAGGCGUACAAGCAUUAUGGUCAGGAGUUUAUCCAUCUUUAAUGUUGGUUAUAAAUCCAGCCCUACAAUUUGCAGUGUAUGAAGCUUUGAAAAGGAGAGUUUCACCUAAAACUGCUGCAACAGUGUUUAUGAUAGGUGCAACUGCCAAAGCUGUUUCAACUGUGAUCACCUAUCCCUUACAAUUAGCUCAGACACGUCAGAGAUACGGAAAGGAAGGCAAAAUGAACAUGUUGGCACUACUUUUGGCGAUAGCAAAGAAGGGAGGGCCUCAAGGUUUAUUUCAGGGAUUAGAGGCUAAACUGUGGCAAACUGUAUUAACUGCAGCAUUAAUGUUUGUAGCUUAUGAAAAAGUUUUUCGUUUUGUUGUGAUGUUACUGAUGCAAAAGAGAAUUGUCAAAUGAAUUUUUAUGGGUUUUAAAAUAGAUCGGUCUAAUUUCAAAUUUGAUCUGCAUAUACAGGGCAAUUAAAAUACUAGUAGUGUUCUCUGUGGUGUUUUUGUACGAAUUUACAUUGUAUAGAUUUGUGUGUAGUUGAUUGUCAAUGUUUACUGUAUGUAGUGUAAGAUAUAGUUUUGUUAUUAUUAUUAUUUUUUGCAAGGGUGCUUGCAAUCUUUUA